CUUCACUUUACACACUCGGUUCCUCCUCUCCUGCUACUUUUCUAUUUCUGCCUUCUGUGCGUGUAUCUUCAAGACCUGAGAAGGUAUACCAGAGUGAACUAAAGUCUGUUUGUGGUUGCUGUGAAUAUUCUCUGCCAUGAAGUGGAGGGUGGUGCUAUUUGCUCUUCUUGCUUUUCUUUUGAUCAUUCAGUUCGGCAUGUGCCAAAAGACUGAACCUGAUCCAAAGACCAAAGCUGAGAAGAAACCAAAUGGCAAAUCCAAGUCUGGAAAGGGAUCAGGAAAGAUUCUCGCUUCCAAACCUAAAGUGAAAACCGGCCCUGAGACCCCUACAGAAGCUCAGACAUACCUCACUCAGGUGGUAAACAAGGGAAGGUUCCAGAAAGUGGGGAACACGCUGACUGUCCAAGCAGGUGAUACGUUAGAGCUGAGAUGUAAAGGAAAUCCUGUCCAGUGGGCUGUUCCUGCAUAUCUAGAAGAGGAUGAUGAAGGACGACUCAGGACAGUUCAGCAUGAACGUUAUGGCACGCUGAUUUUGGCAAAUACAACAGCGGCAGAUACAGGGGAGUUCACAUGCUAUCCCAUGUACUGUGAGGACAAAGACUGCAGAAAACAGUAUGACAAAGGCGUCAAAGUCUUCAUCUUUUUCUCAGACCCUCUGGAGUUGUUUGUACCUUCUGCUGACUAUUAUGAGAUCAUUCAGCUUCGCACUAACUGGCCCACCGUCCUGCCCUGUCAGGUGACUUCUCCGUUAGCAAAGGUGACUUUACACCGGGAAUUUCCUCCAAUGGAGGUGAAGGUGGAUGGCCGAGAAAUCUCCUUUGACAUCAAAAAGGGUUUCACCAUCCACAGACCGAAGCAGUAUCAUGCUGGAUCUCUGUAUUGUGUGGCAAGCCUGGGGAACCUUCGGCAGAGCUCAACCAAAUACAUGCUCAUCUAUGUCAACUAUCCAGCCGCUCCACCAUCUCCUGCAAUCCAGGCCUCCUCUGACACUAUAGUAGUGGGAAAGAAUCUCCAGGUGACAUGCACUGUGAUAGGAGAGAAGGGCGUAGUGGUGGAUUUUACCUGGGAAUAUCCUGGACAAAAGAUUGAACGCCCGAUGCACACCGACGACAGCGUGCAGAUUGUGCAGGUGGAUGGGCAGAACAGACAGCGAACUCAGACGAUUCUGCUGGUGGACGAGGUCAGAGAGGAUGACCAUGGAACAUACACCUGCACAGCUCAGAACCUACAGGGUUCAAGAUCUGCAUCAACCACUGUCAAAGUGCAGUCAGCAAGAACCACCACCAAACCUAAGAAACCAUGAAGUCCCUCAGAGAUAUCAGAAACCUGAAAACUUUUCAGCAUGCUUCUCAGCUAUAACAUACUAUACUAAAUGGCUGUAAAAUAACCAGAAGGAUCACAGAACAUUGUUUUUUCCUUUUGAGUAGACACAGGUCAUGUGCAAUCGAGCAAAACAGAAACAGUGCUUAGAUUACAUAGUAUGUGUAUUACUAUUGUUUCAUUGCCCCUAUGGCAAGAAAGCAAAGGGGACUGUUUACAGUAUAUGUGAGAAUAUGUCAUUUGAGCACAGACAAAAUUAAAAUAUGACAAUCAAACAUGCAACUAUAGAAAUGCUGGCAAAAAUGAAUAAACAAUAAUGAAAUGAGGGUUAUCUAUCCAUCUUAGUCUCUGUAACAUCAUUUUACUAGGCUUUUUACAAAUUUCUAAUGACUGUGCACUUUCCUUUAC